AUGCCACUGCUGGAGCUCGAAUGGCGACUCGAAGGGGCAUUCACCUGGACUGUAACAAAACUUCAGGUAAAGUUAACCUGGAGUUUGUGCCUUGCCGUUUGGUUGAUGUUCAGGCCCAGGUCUGGCAACAAACUUGCGCGCUUUCACGAUCGUCGUGGGCAGAUUGAAAGGCUCAGUUGGGGAGCCAAUGACGUGUAUUGGAAAUUGAGUCAAGGGAAUGAAGUUGUACGAACGGAAGAACAAAAAGUUGGGAGAAGCGAGUCAGUGACAUCACUCGAGUGGCUGACCCAGCAUAACCAAACAACACACUGCCCGUGGCGCUUGUCUUGA